GAGUGAGAAAGUGAGUGAGUGAGUGAGUGAGAUAGAAGAGUUGUGGAAUGUUUUUGGACCUCUGAAGCCCAGGACAGAACAUAUUUUUCUGUGCAUGCGUUAAGACUGUGACACUGUUCUGUCCAACAUUUCUUAACUUGAAACACACCAGACAAAAACUUAAGGUAUGUAUUGAUGAUCAGCAAUUUACGCAACAUUUAAAAUUGAUUAUAUAUAACAUUUUUGGAUAAGGAUGGCAUCUUAAAAAUGUGUCAAUCUGUAAAUUAAAAAACUUGAAUAACAUCCCAUUAUGAAUCAAAUGUUGUUUUUGUCUAUCUUACUUCUCUUUAGUCGUAUUUUGCCAUAGUAGUAAUAAUUGUUACUUGAAACCGGAAUCGAGAGAGUAAUCUUGCAGGAAAAUAGUGCAAAAUUACUGAACACUAAUAGAAAAAUACAAUACAUUGUCUUAGCAUUACUCCUUCCAUUAAGAUCCUGAUUUUGAAAUAAUAUGCUGUUUUUACAUAUUUAAAUAUGUAAUAUUCUUAUCUACAAUAAUAUUUUUUUUGUCUUGACUUACCAUUCCUUUUUUACUGUGGUAAUUUCCAGGUUGUUGUUUUAUUGUGUCAAAUCUCUCUAUCGAGCAGUAUGUUACACUAUAAGAUGAAGUGGCUGAUUCUGGUGCAGCUCCUGCUGGCUCAGCACGCUUUCUGCAGGGCGCCACCUCCCCCAGUGCUAAGUAACAGUCACCUGCCGAGCAUCCCUGUCUUGGAGGAGGGGGACACCACUAAACAGAGCCAACGGCCUCUUCUGGACUCCCAAAUCCAUCCUAAUCUCUCAAAAGGGGUGCAGGAAGAAGCAAUCCAUGCAGAGGAUAGGGUGCAGUGGGAGGACAAGGACAAGUCAGCCCAGCGCAUACUCGCCACUUUCAGGGCAAAGUUUGAGGGUCGCAUCCACAUUCAGGGGAACGCCAGCUGUGAAGAACUCCUGUCAGCCUCCAACCCAUCCUCUGCCCUGUUUCCCAGGGAGCUGCUUGGCCUCUCACUGGUGCCUGUCCUGGUGGUGGCAGACUGCCCCAGGGAGGCCCACACCCUGGUGCUGCGGCUCUAUAAGCUGCUGGGUGUGGAGGACACAGAGCAACUUCUGCUGGAGUUAGAGAGUCUAAUGGAAAAGGGAGUUCCCCGCCCCAGAGCCUCUGCCGCUCCUUCCUCACCCGUUGGACAGGUCCAGGCAGAACGCCAUCUCCAGGCAGUGAUGUUUAAUAUCCAGCAGCUGGCCAAGGCUGGGAGGCGGCAAGGCAGCUCUUGGUGGGGGAAGAAAGUAAAUCAGUGUUAUGGCUGGACCAAGGUGAACGGUACUUUGCUGUUAGGGGAUAAGGUGGAGGGAUCCGUGGGGGGGCUGGAAGAAGCUGUAAGAGCCUGUGAGAGCCUCGGGGCACAGUGUGCUGGUGUGUCCCGUGGUGGGGUCCUUGACUCUGGGCACUACCAGGCUGUGAUGAAACCAGGGAGCUGGGUCGUUCCGACUGAGCACCCUGACUCAGAGAGCUGGAUCCGACAAUGUCGCUCCGAGGAAGGCGAGGCACUAUCUGCCUCCUCAGGUCGGCGUGCAAGGCGAAGUUCCCAGAGGGACUGUGUGGACAAACAGGAGCAACGCGUUUACAAUGUGGUGGAGUGGAUCCCUGCUGUAAGCACCCUUUACAACCUAGGCACAGCUGUCUACUAUGCCUCCGUCAACUGUUCCGAGACAGCCAAAGAGAGAGCCAUCCUGAGCGCUGUAGACUUGGGCACCGAUGCCCUCAUGGCGGUGACGGGGGGCACAGCAGGGGUGGCAGGCUAUGCCCUGGGAGCGGGAGUAAAGACGGGAGUGAAGGCAGGGAUCAAAUACCUACUGAGCUCCAUGAAGCACGAGGAGGAUGACCUAAUGGUGAACCAGUACAGCUGGGAGGAGGGAGUAAUCACCAUGCAAUAAAUCCAGGACCAGAACAUGCAGCUGCAGAUCUGAUCCUGAUUUAUCCACCUCUACUAUCUGUGUUCUACUAGCCAAAAGUCAUAUGGGAAUUGGCCAAAAAGGCUAUGUUUGCAUUUUAAAAAAUAGCAGAGGUUGGAUUAAUCAGAAACAAAUCUGGCUUUUAUCUGAUUAAAGGAUGGAGGGGCUUUAGAAAAUCCCUGAAUAACCCCCCUCAAAAUCAGACCCUGAACCUUUCCCUCUUUUCUGUUCUGUCUGUCCUCCCCCGACCCCGAUCCCCACCCGCUCACCUCUACUGGUCAGGUCAGACUCCCCCUUAUCCACCUCAUAAUUCAAACAGCAGGGACUAUUGUUUCAGUAUUACUUCAAUGUUGUUGUUUUUAUUAUCAAUAAGGAAUAUUCAUAGGAUGCUUUUUAUCAGUAAUACUUUAAAUAUUUCUGUAUUUUUAUUAUAUUCAGCAAGCAAUAUUCGUAAAGCAAUAUAAACACUGGGUAUUUGCAGGUAUCAAUUUAUUGUCAUCCAUUUUUGGUUUUUCUUUAGUCUGCAUGGAACUGACUAUGGCCUGAAAAUACCUUUGCAUGAAGUCAUUAUAAAUGUAGGUUUAUUUGUAGACUACUUUAGAAUGUAUUCCUAGACCUAUAUCUUCCUCUUCAAAUCAGUGUUUUUUGGUUAUUGUUGGGCAUGUGUAAGUGUAACAAAAUAGGAUUAUUUUCCCUUAGUUACUGUGUUGUUUAUAGUUUGUUAGUGGGUGGUUACAAAAGAGAAGUAAUUGAUCAGCAAUAAUGACGUGUGUUUUGAGUUGUCAUGUUAUUAAUAAUACAGUAAAUUCCGUUCAAAUGUUUUACCUGCGACUAUUUAACAUUAACUGUAUUUGAUUAUCAUGACUCUUGAUGUUGAAUACAAUGUAAUGUAGAAUACAAUUAA